CAAUAAGCCACAUUGUUGCACGAAACUCCAGCGCUGGAGUCCCAGGCCACUGGCAACAUCGUGUCAGUCCCAGGCCACUGGCAACAUCGCUCGCCGGAGCAUCGUGGGAGUAAGCCGAAGAGAUCCGACUGCCUUAGUGAAACUUGGCUGUGAUUCUUCUUAAGUGACCGUGUGGCUGGCUCGACACUGGGUAACCAAAAAAGUAGCCUGAAGUGAUACUUAGACAGCUUCUAGCAAUUGACUCCAAAAACCUCUUUCUAGAGACCCGAGACCACCCCAGCCGGUCCGCAAACACUAUUAGCCUGCUUUGGCUGCCUCCUGGGACCCCCGUUCCCUGCCAAGCAGCCGAGCCCGGGUACAAAGCGGUCGGCCCGCGCCACUCGCCUCCCCCGCAAGCGCUUGCGCCUGGGUUUCCCAACUCCACGCCGCCUGGCUGCAACAGGAUGAUUGCCUCGCAUCUGAUCGCCUGCUUCUUCACGGAGCUCAAUCGUAACCAAGUGCAGAAGGUUGACCAGUACCUCUACCAUAUGCGCCUCUCCGAUGAGACCCUCCUGGACAUUUCUAAGCGAUUCCGCAAGGAGAUGGAAAAAGGGCUUGGAGCUACCACCCACCCCACUGCUUCUGUGAAAAUGCUGCCCACCUUUGUGAGGUCCACCCCUGAUGGGACAGAACAUGGAGAGUUCUUGGCCCUGGACCUUGGAGGGACCAAUUUUCGUGUGCUCUGGGUUAAAGUAACAGACAAUGGGCUUCAGAGGGUUGAGAUGGAGAACCAGAUCUACGCCAUCCCAGAGGACAUUAUGCGAGGCAGUGGCACUCAGCUGUUUGACCACAUCGCCGAAUGCCUGGCCAACUUCAUGGAGAAGCUACAAAUCAAAGAUAAGAAGCUGCCACUGGGCUUUACCUUCUCCUUCCCCUGCCACCAGACUAAACUAGAUGAGAGUUUUCUGGUCUCAUGGACCAAGGGAUUCAAGUCCAGUGGAGUGGAAGGCAAAGACAUUGUGGAUUUGAUCCGGAAGGCCAUCCAACGGAGAGGGGACUUUGAUAUUGACAUUGUGGCCGUGGUGAACGACACGGUUGGGACCAUGAUGACCUGUGGCUAUGAUGACCAGAACUGUGAGAUCGGUCUCAUCGUGGGCACUGGCAGCAAUGCCUGCUACAUGGAGGAGAUGCGCCACAUCGACAUGGUAGAGGGCGAUGAGGGCCGGAUGUGUAUCAACAUGGAGUGGGGGGCCUUCGGGGAUGACGGUGCACUCAAUGACAUUCGCACUGAGUAUGACCAAGAGAUCGACAUGGGCUCCCUGAACCCUGGGAAGCAACUGUUCGAGAAGAUGAUCAGCGGGAUGUACAUGGGGGAGCUGGUGAGGCUCAUCCUGGUGAAGAUGGCCAAGGAGGAGCUGCUGUUCCAGGGGAAGCUCAGCCCUGAGCUCCUCACCACAGGCAGCUUCGAGACCAAAGACGUUUCAGAUAUUGAAGAGGAAAAGGAUGGUAUCGAGAAGGCUCGCCGAGUGCUGGUACGGCUGGGGAUGGAUCCCCUGCAGGAGGACUGUGUGGCCACCCGCCGGGUCUGCCAGAUAGUGUCCACGCGCUCUGCCAGCCUGUGUGCGGCCACGCUGGUGGCUGUGCUGCGGCGCCUCAAGGAAAACAAGGGCGAGGAUCGGCUGCGCUCCACCAUCGGGGUCGAUGGUUCUGUGUACAAGAAGCACCCUCAUUUUGCCAAGCAUCUCCACAAGGCCGUGCGGAGGCUGGUGCCAGAUUGCGAUGUUCGCUUUCUCCGCUCUGAGGAUGGCAGUGGCAAAGGGGCAGCUAUGGUGACUGCGGUGGCUUAUCGACUGGCAGACCAGCACCGAGCCCGCCAGAAGAUCCUUGAGCCUCUAAAACUGAGCCAUGAGCAGCUACUGGAGAUCAAGAGGAGGAUGAAGGUUGAAAUGGAGCGAGGUCUAAGCAAGGAGACACACACCGUAGCUCCUGUGAAGAUGCUGCCCACCUAUGUGUGUGCCACCCCUGAUGGCACAGAGAAAGGGGACUUCCUGGCCUUGGACCUUGGAGGAACAAACUUCCGGGUCCUGCUGGUUCGUGUGCGGAAUGGGAAGCGGCGAGGAGUGGAGAUGCAUAACAAGAUCUACUCCAUCCCCCAGGAGGUCAUGCACGGCACUGGGGAGGAGCUCUUUGACCACAUCGUGCAGUGCAUCGCUGACUUCCUGGAGUACAUGGGGAUGAAGGGCGUGUCACUGCCUCUAGGUUUCACCUUCUCCUUCCCAUGCCAGCAGAACAGCCUGGAUGAGAGCAUUCUCCUCAAGUGGACAAAAGGCUUCAAGGCCUCUGGCUGUGAGGGCGAGGAUGUGGUCACCCUGCUGAAAGAAGCCAUCCACCGCCGAGAGGAGUUUGACCUGGAUGUAGUUGCGGUGGUGAAUGACACAGUAGGAACUAUGAUGACCUGUGGCUACGAAGACCCUCACUGUGAAGUUGGUCUCAUCGUUGGCACAGGCAGCAACGCCUGCUACAUGGAGGAGAUGCGUAACGUGGAGCUGGUGGAUGGAGAAGAGGGCCGAAUGUGUGUCAACAUGGAGUGGGGGGCCUUUGGGGACAAUGGAUGCUUAGAUGACUUCCGCACAGAAUUUGAUGUGGCUGUGGAUGAGCUGUCACUGAACCCAGGCAAGCAGAGGUUUGAGAAAAUGAUCAGCGGCAUGUACCUGGGCGAGAUCGUGCGUAACGUCCUCAUCGAUUUCACCAAGCGUGGGCUGCUGUUCCGUGGCCGCAUCUCGGAAAGGCUUAAGACGAGGGGAAUCUUUGAAACCAAGUUCCUGUCUCAGAUUGAGAGUGACUGCCUGGCCCUGCUGCAGGUCCGCGCCAUCCUGCAUCACUUAGGGCUCGACAGCACCUGUGAUGACAGCAUCAUUGUCAAGGAGGUGUGCGCUGUGGUGGCGCGGCGGGCGGCCCAGCUCUGUGGUGCAGGCAUGGCUGCCGUGGUGGACAAGAUACGGGAAAACCGUGGGCUAGACACCCUCAAGGUGACAGUGGGUGUGGAUGGGACCCUCUACAAGCUACAUCCUCACUUUGCAAAAGUUAUGCAUGAGACAGUGAAGGACCUGGCCCCGAAGUGUGAAGUGUCCUUUUUGGAGUCUGAGGACGGCAGCGGGAAGGGGGCCGCUCUCAUCACUGCUGUGGCCUGCCGCAUCCGCGAGGCUGGACAGCGAUAGGACCCCCAGAGAUUGGCAGGGACAUCUCUGGUUCCCUUUUCCCUGUUUUAAAUUAUAAGGUGUUGUCCCUCUGUGUCUGAGACAGACCCCUUAGCUUUUCUUUAGCAGAAAAGACCCCAGAGGACUAAGUUUUGUCUCUGAAUACGUUCACUGUAGUUUGUAUCCAAGCCCUGCCUUUUCUCAUGCUGAUCACAACCAUUCCCACUGGGUGACUUUUAAAUGCAAUCCUUUGUUAUCUCCUGGCCAAGUUUCUGGUUCCUGUGCAAUCGACAAAAUGGGGACAGUCUUAGCGAUGCGGCUGCCUCCCUGUGGAGCUGAAUGUGACUUUUCUAGGUGGAGCCAUCCCCCUGCAUGAACAGUGACAUCGAUUCUCCACUUAGAGGUCUGAGAGGUUUCCACUAAGAAUGCAAGCCUGAUCCUCCUGCAGGCAGACUUGGAAGAGUGGGGGUGGCCAGAGGAAGGAAAUCUCAUGAGUGUCCACUGGACAGCCUGUCUUCAACAUGCUCAUGAGUGUUGCCCUGUGGAUUCCAGCAUUUAUGGGCCUGGAAUCAAGGAAUCCCCCAUCCAGGCAGUGAAACCAAAGCCAGGAGCAUCCCGUGAGUGGGUUCGCCUCUGCAUCUCAUUGUGGGUGCAUGGAUCCACUGUGAGCAUCGGACCUUGAGGGAAAGGGGAAAUUUGAGUUUAUUUUUAAUAUCUUCCUGCAAAAGUGGAAGUAUCGUGUUUUUAUUUUAAUUUAUGUGUGAAACUUAGUUCAUGAAAUAGGUCUCUUCAUUAUGUGAUCGAUUGUAUGUAAUAUUUAUAUUUGUUAAUUUGUUAUAUAUAUAUAUGUAGAUAGAUAGACAAGGUAUCCUCAGACUUGGCCUCAUUGAUAGAUCAGUUUAGUUUAGGAUGGAAGGUACUGAUAUUGACUAGCUCCUAGAAAUACCUCAUUUGCCUGCAGGAAGAGAAGGGAAGCCUUGGGGGUGAGUGAAUGGCGAAGCAUCAGCUUUCUGGCUCUUUUCUCCCUGGCAGUCUUGAAAAUCUAUGGAAGCAGGAAUGGAGACUGAGGCUGGGCCCAUGGAUUAGAGCAACCACAGCCACUGGCAGCCCUGUCUAGGGACUUCCUUGGCACAGUGUUACAUGGGAUAUGCACCAAAGGAAACCAAAGAAAUCAUUUCAAGUAGACACACUGCCUAGGAGUCUUUAUUUUUUAUGUUCAGGGCAUUAGGUAUGUCAAAGCUGUCUGACAAGAUAAAGGAAGCCACCAGAAAUUUCAAAAAUUUUUUCAAAUUGUCAACCUCAAACCAAAAUGAAGCAAUUAAUGAACCAAACAAAUACCAUCUCAGGGACAACAUUUUUGGUAUGCUUGUGCCCUCUUAGCAAAUUUCACCUUGAGUUUGUCUUGUAAAUGUUUUACAAGAAGUGUGCUUCCCUGGGCUGAGCUAGCAUCAGCCUGCAGGCCUGUUUUUGUGUUUUCUACAUGGUUUUUAUUUCAUGGCAGAGAUUGGGAUGGCCUAGAAGCCUCCAGAUUACUACUUCUCAAGAGUGCAGUUGACUCUCAGUCUAAAAGUCUGCUUCUGCUCCCAAGGAAAACAAUCAUGAACAUGAAGUCUGGAUACAGUAUGAGAAAGAGGAAAGAGCCUGGAGCACUAUUGAAGAAGAUAUAGAAAACAGGAUCAAAACAGGAAAAUGGACAGAAACUCACAAAUUGGUUGAAGCUUAUUUUUGUACAUUUUCUAGCUUGGGCUGAGAACAGGGCCUGGUUAUCACUCUUGAAUAAGAGGGGGAUAAGUAAGUGAACAUGGCCCAGAUCUUCUUGAGAAGGAAAAAGGAAAGGGGACACAUCCUCAUUUGUCACAGUCUGACUUUGCCUGUCUGGAGAAGCUCCUUUGCUACCCUUGUCUGCAGUUAUUAUCUAAAGUGUGGGUGCCUUCAAUUACAAUGAGAAAGUCAAAAGCCACUAUAGACUUGUCAAUCACUAAAGGAUAUCCGUGAAGUACAGAUGAAUUUUAACUUAAUUUUAUUAUUGAAUUUUAACUUAAAUUAUGUGUUUUUAAAUCCUGUGUUCUAAAUGUAUGUGUGGCUAUUAAAGAUGUAUUGUUGGUUUCUAUGCCAGAGCUCUGGACACUGCAUGUUGACUGCCCUCCCCUGGUUGCUGCUGCUCUGCUUGAUGUAAAUAGAGUGCAUCUCAAUCUUUGCCCACAGUGUGCCCAGUAUGGAUCAUCUCAACCCUUUGAGCACUCAAUCUGGUGAAGAUGUUGUCACUGUGUACAAUAAAGAACUAGUUGAAUUAACUAUGUGAUGUUAAAUUUUAUUAAUAAAGUUUAACUUUUUUCAAAAU